UUCCGCGCGCUCUUGCAUGCCCACUGCCUAGCAUCUAGAUAGCGUAUACAGUAUACAGCGCCUACACAUACGCAACGAAUGUACUUUGAACAUGCCGAGCUAACGUAAACACUUCCUGGAUUUACAUACCCUAUCAAAUUCUUGGUAUUUUUGAUGACAUUACGAACAAAACCACAAUUGCUUUUGUUUAUCCGUUCAAAAGACAUUGAACAUUAAGUGCGUGACUUUGUAGACAAGGUUUUGGAGUUAUUGUCGGAGAAUUCAUCCAGCUCCAGUACAUGCAGGAUCAACACAUUCGAUCAAUAAUCAACUUUCGCAAAUCAACUUGGAUCUUGAUUGAACGAAUUUCAAGUCGACGAACACGAAUUUCUUUCGGAUAAAACAACUUGAGUGCCGGAAAGUUAUUCUCCAGUUUUGUGGAACAUGUUUUGAACCACUAUUACCAGCAGUGUUUUGCCUCAAUUUGACAAGGAAACAACAUUUUGCAGUGGAUAACCAUUUUGCUCGUGCUUACCAACUGACCAUUGCUCUACGUGCAACACUGGUGUUGCAAAGCUGGAGCCGGUAAAAAUUUCCGCUCAUUUCAGACUCAUCCCCAUCUUUCAGACCGGUAGGAAAGUGUCACCGGUUAGGACUCAAAGAUGCAUCGACUACAGACAUUGAUAAAAACAGGAGGGCCAUCUAUUUUGGCGGCCUCACGCUCGAUUCAGAAUAGAACUCUUUCGAGCAGAACGUACUUUAGGCCGCCUGCCCUAGAUGGGCAGGCCCGCACGCCGGUGAAUGUACACGCCACAACUCCCCGCGCCAAUGUGAGACGUUAUGCGGCUCCAGUGGCUGCCGAGCCGUUUUUGAGCGGCAGCAGUUCAAACUAUGUGGAAGAAAUGUAUCAAUCUUGGCUUGAGGAUCCAAGUUCUGUACAUAAGUCAUGGGACAUUUUCUUCCGCAACGCUCAAAACGGUGCUGCACCGGGAACGGCGUACGUCCCCCCACCUCCCAUCUCCAGCAUGUACCCCGUCAUGCCAGCAUCCCAGGCGGCGACGUCACAAGCACCGGCGCCCUCACAGGCGGUUGCUAAGGGCCAGCUGGACAGGAAGGUCAUCGAGGACCAUCUUUCGGUGCAAACUAUCAUCAGGUCAUAUCAGAUUCGAGGUCACUACUUGGCCAAGCUUGACCCCUUGAACAUCUCGUCUGCAACGACAGGUAGCCUGCCAGAUAUCGUUGUCGCUGGCCAUCCUACGUUGGGACUAGAUGACAAAGACAUGGAUCGGGUGUUCACCCUCCCAACCACCACCUUCAUCGGUGGCGACAAGCAGGCCCUGCCUCUCCGGGAGAUCAUCGAACGAAUGGAGAAUGUUUACUGCCGCAGCAUUGGUGUAGAGUACAUGUUCAUCAACGACAGGGAGAAGUGUGACUGGAUCAGGCAGCAGUUUGAGAAGCCAGGAGCCAUGCAGCUCUCCAAGAUGGACAAGCGACUCAUCCUGGAGCGUCUCAUCCGCUCCACCAGGUUUGAAGAGUUUCUGGCUCGUAAGUGGUCUGCCGAGAAGCGUUUCGGCCUAGAGGGGUGCGAGGUACUCAUCCCAGCUCUGAAAUCAAUCAUCGACGAGUGCAGCGCCAAAGGUGUGGAGAGCUUCAUCCUUGGCAUGCCCCACCGUGGUCGUCUCAACGUGUUGGCUAAUGUCGCCCGUAAGCCUCUGGAGCAGAUCUUCUGCCAUUUUGACUCCAGACUAGAAGCUGCCGACGAGGGUUCCGGAGAUGUCAAGUACCAUCUUGGUAUGUCCAACUCACGUCAUAACCACAUCAGCAAGCGCAACAUCAACCUGGCUCUGGUGGCUAAUCCAUCCCAUCUGGAGGCCGUCGAUCCCGUCGUCCAGGGCAAGACCAGGGCGGAGCAGUACUACCGGGGCGAUACCGAGGGUGACCAGGUGAUGAGUAUCUUGAUGCAUGGUGAUGCUGCAUUCGCUGGCCAGGGGAUUGUCUACGAGACCUUCCAUUUGUCCGAUCUCCCAGAGUACUCCACUCACGGAACCAUUCAUGUUGUCAUCAACAACCAGAUUGGAUUCACCACCGAUCCUCGUUUCUCACGCUCCUCCCCGUACUGUACCGACGUGGCCCGUGUUGUCAACGCACCCAUCUUCCAUGUCAACGCAGAUGACCCGGAAGCAGUCAAUCACGUGUGCCAGGUCGCCUCCAAGUGGCGCUGCAGAUACAAGAGCGAUGUGGUCAUCGACUUGGUGUGCUAUCGUCGCAACGGUCACAACGAGAUGGACGAGCCGCUCUUCACCCAGCCUCUCAUGUACAAGAAGAUCCGUGGUCAUAGACCGGUCCUCAAGCAAUACGCUGAACAGAAGAUCCAAGAAGGCAUCAUGACGGAGCAGGAGUUUGAGGAGGAGCAAGAUGGAUAUGAUAAGAUCUGUGAGGAUGCAUACCAGAAUGCUAAGAAGGUCACAGAGAUCAGGAAUGCUGAUUGGUUGGAUUCACCUUGGCACGGUUUCUUCAACAAGGAGAUCCCUCUUCAGUACCCAUCUACUGGUAUUGAUGAAGCAACCCUGACUCACAUCGGAGAGACGUUCAGCACCAACCCAGAGGAUCUCACUCUUCAUGGAGGUCUAAAGCGUGUCCUGCGUAGUCGCAUGGACAUGGUCAAGAACCGCACCAUAGACUGGGCUCUGGGGGAGGCUCUCGCCUUCGGCUCGCUGCUCAAGGAGGGUAUCCACGUCAGACUCAGCGGACAGGACGUAGAGAGGGGAACGUUCAGCCAUCGUCAUCACAUUCUGCACGAUCAGAAUGUGGACAAGAAGCGCCACUACCCCCUCAACAGUCUCUACCCGGACCAGGCCAACUACACCGUCUGUAACAGCUCACUCUCAGAGUUUGGGGUUCUUGGUUUUGAGCUUGGUUUCUCCAUCACCAACCCACGAGCCCUGGUCGUUUGGGAGGCCCAGUUUGGAGACUUCCACAACACUGCCCAGUGUAUCGUAGACCAGUUCAUCGCAACAGGACAGGCCAAGUGGUACAGGCAGAGUGGUCUGGUCAUGCUCCUGCCUCAUGGAUAUGAGGGCAUGGGACCUGAACACUCCAGUGCUAGACCCGAACGUUUCUUACAGAUGUGCAAUGAGGAUGCUGAUGUGAUCCCAGAGAGGAAUGGUGACCUGGAGGUCAAGCAGCUCUACGACUGCAACUGGCAGAUCCUGAACUGCAGCACACCGGCAAAUCUCUUCCACGCCCUCAGAAGACAGAUUCUUCUCCCCUUCCGCAAACCACUUGUGAUCUUCACACCUAAGAGUCUGCUUCGUCAUCCUGAUGCAAGGUCAUCAUUUGAUGAGAUGAACGAAGGUACGUUCUUCAAGAGGUUGUACCCUGAUGAGGGUGCUCCGAGCCAGAAUCCUGCGGGAGUCAAGAAGCUGCUCUUCUGCACCGGUAAGGUGUACUAUGAGCUCCUCACCCAGAGGGAAACCAGGGGACUCACCAACGACAUCGCCAUCGUCAGGAUUGAACAGAUUUCACCUUUCCCCUUUGACCUGGUAGCGGAGGAGGUCGAGCGCUACCCCAACGCCAAACUCCAGUGGGUACAGGAGGAGCAUAAGAACCAGGGCUACUGGACCUACAUCCAACCCAGGAUACUCAACUCUAUCGGACAUGAAAGACCGCUCGGAUACGCCGGCCGGGCUGCAUCUGCUUCCACGGCAACGGGCAACAAGAGUACGCACGUCAACGAACUUCAGAGUUUCUUCAAUUGUGCCAUGAACUUAGAAUAAAUCUAUCUUCAACAUCUGAUCUAGUGAAAACAAUGCCCUUUAGAUCUAACGCUGGGUUAAUGUAUCCAUUACAUUGCACAAUCAGGAACAAUGGACACUGUUCUUAGACGAUGUUCAAUUUGCAAUUAAUUAAUAAAGAUCGUCUACUGGUCGAUUUCUAAAUUCCGACCUCUAAAAACAAAACAAAAUGUAACAAACAAACAAAUCAAAAUAAAACAGAAAAUUAAAACUUAAAAAUGCAUAUUAAGGUAUAUAUUUAUUUUUGGAGUCGCAGUUUAUAUUUUGACUCCUGUUUUCCACCCCCCCCCCCAAAAAAAAAAAAUUGUCCUGAUUCCUGCAAUGUAUUUAUGUGAGUUUGAAAACAAUGUCCCAAUCUCGAUAAUGCAAUAUUGGAAUGAAAUGAAAUUGAAAGAUGCAAUAAACCGAACAAAUUGAGCUUCUUCAAUUUUGAAAUAUGAUUUUCCAAUUUGGAAAGUACGAAAUUGAAUUUCAGCAUCCACACAAACUUAUGUGACUUAUUGUUUGGUUCACUGCACUGAAGGAAUUAAUCUGAAGUCUAAAUGUCUUUUUUUUUCUUCUUAUUUUCACUUCCUUCAAUUUCAAUCUUAAGAAUUCUUAUAAACAAACAAAUCAAAAUUUCAAACUAGUUUACUGUUUGUAUUUAGAGUGUAAUAUUAGUUCAAAACUUAAAUUUUUUUUUCAUUAUUUUUUUGACAUUUAUUGAAUUUGCCAGAAAAUGUUGUUGGACUGUUGUUGCUGCAUUUUAGUUUUAGUUUUUGUUCAACCUUUCAAUGCAAUAAAAACUUUAUUUGUUCACUUCUCUUGUAAUAUAAGUUAGUAUGUUCAGAUAUUCAGUCAUCUAUUAUAAAGAAACAUCAACAAAUUCUCGCCUGAUUUCUCUUCAAGAUAUCCCCACUCAAUCAUUAAAAUGGCUGUGGGCUUACUGAUCACUACAAGCCAACAUGUGAAUGGUAAAUUUUGCAAUUCAUAAUAUAUCCCAAAUUGUGCAAAUAACAGUAUCUGCCUAAAACUGAGAUAAUGUAAACAAAUUUGACUAUGAAAAGAUAAAGUGAACAUCUUUAAGCAUGCAGCAUAUUGUUGCAUGGCUUAGGAAACUACAACCGCCCGACGGUUGGCUAUGUUACCUAUUUUCUGCACACGCUCAAUUCUAUUACCCGGUACACUUUUUCACCUUUCAUCUCAUUUCAUGUAUUAUAGACUGCACAGUUAGAUUAUGCAUAUGGCAUCAUGAUACACGAAUGAAAUGUUUGAAAAAUUACGUCAUAUUGCACUCUCCUAGAUAUUCUAUUCACUUGUUUUGCUAUCAGAAGUCUUUAUUGUGAUAAGUGAAAUAAGCUGGUGUCUUCGGGACUCAAGGUAAACAGUCAAAAUAGCUAAAUUUGUUUAGUUAGCAGAGAGUUAAAGUGCCUUUCGAUGGACCCCUCCCCUUUCCCCCUCCCCCAAAACCGAGUGAAACCUUGUCAUAGAACUUCUAGUCAUCUGUUUUAUGCACUGCACAUCACUAAAGACACACCAGUAGAGAGCUUCCAUGGCAGAUUAUGCACUAAUGUUUUUUUAAUCAAUUGUUUACACCCGCGUUUGGUGUUUUGUUUGAUUUAAUAAAAAACUUCUUGUCAUGAAUGUUAUCCGAAAUAUACUAGUGGCUUUGCACUUUAUAGUCUACCUAUGGUUAGACAUGGUUAUAAGAUUUUGAUGAAUGAAGAAAGUGUUACAUUUUAAAGAGGAACAAUUCAAUUGCAUUUGGGGUUCUGUGUACAUGUUUGUGGCAAUGCAGUGGAAAGAAAUCAUAUUAUUUUGUUUUUAGUCACAUACAGGGGAUUUGUGCGUUUGAUAUAAUGACUGUACUGCUUGUAUAGGCAGCUUUUAAACAUGAAAUAAACUGACUUGGGAAUGCUGUUCUUGGAAAAAGAAACAAUCGGUCAUUUCGUAUUUCAUGCAUAUGUGCUUCAAUCUUUGUAAAUGGAAAAUUACUGAGGAGAAGCGAGAAGUAGAAUUUGAUGAAUUUAUGUAAACUGUAAUGCACAAAUGAAGAUUUCUUAGAUAUAUAUUAUUGAAUCGUCUUCAAAGACAAUGAUAGAUGCGGAAGAAGUUAUACCGGUGCACCUCGUUUGACGAUGUAUGUAUCUGGUGUAGGUGAACGGUUUGAGGAGUUCUGAACAUGGUGGUUCGGUUUCUCUUUCAGAAUUAUAUUAUUUUAGUUGCGAGUUGACCGUUUUGUUUAUCCUUUUUUUUCUCUCUCUCUCUCUCUUUCUCAUCAAAAGUUUUAUUCAAAUGUAUGUUUGCCGUCAUGACAUGAAGGAGAAAGCCGGAAGUGUUGUAUGUUGUGUAUCAUAUUUGGUUUAAAGGAUGACGGGCUCAUUACUGAUUCAUUGAUGAGUGUGGAGAAGAAAUAUAAAUUAAAAAUAAAAACUAUUGAAAAAUAUA